AUGAACAAUACUGAUUAUACAGUUAUCCAAGUACUUCAGGGUAUGCAAGAAACACUUUGGGGUGUGCAAGAAACACUUCUUGUUUUGCAAAAAGGACAAGAAGCACUCCAAAAGAAACAAGUACUGCUCAGACUCAAGAUUGCCAAUAUUUGUAAAGACAUGAAUGGUCGAGAAAGCCCAGAGCCAACAACAGUCCAUAAUAAUCUUAGUGGGGCAAUUCCAAGACCUGUACCAAAUAUCAAAGAUAUAACACUGGUACACAUCUACAGAAUGAUGAGCCAUGAUCUUGAAGUUGAACUGGAUAAGGAAAACAAGGCAAUUAUCAAUACUUGUACACGUCUUGUCUGCAAUGAACUGGCCUCCAUUCCUUCUGUGCAAGCUCUAGGACCAAAUCCAAACUGGAGUGCAAUCUCUCAAGAAGACAAGAACUUGGCGUGCACCAGACACACGUGUCUACUCAGAAACAAUGGUAUAGACUUUACCAGAUGCCACAAGAACUGGGUGUCUGUCACAAAAGUCAGCCAAUUAUAG